ACACAAAAGCUCUCUUUGGCCAUUCCAUCUGCUUCCACACUGUGCGCCAGCAUUGUUUUCAAUGUUGAACAUUUCUCUCAUCCACACCACGAGACUCGCGGGGAAAAGAUGAUUUUUGCGCCGAAAAAAGCAAGCGGCUGCUUUGAUUUUCCUAUUCCAUCCACAACGCAUGUGGACAGCUGGGUACGACAUAGCCACAUAACCAUUUUUAUGAUUUUUAAUCAACAAAUCCCAGAAAAAUGAUCAAAUCUUUGGUAUUUCUUGCCUUAUCAUCUCAGCUUUUCUGGCUUUCGGGAGCUGAAUACUCAACACAAGACUGCCGGGAGUUGGGCUUUAUUAAAACCCAAUUGCUGUGCUCAUCCUGUGAUAAUCUGGACUUUGCUCUCCAGGAACUAAAGCCCAUUUGUUUGGAAUGUUGUCAGAAAGAUAAUGACUCACCUGUCAGCCGGAAGUACCCAAAGGCAAUCCUCGAAGUAUGUACGUGCAAAUUCGGCGCAUACCCCCAAAUUCAGGCCUUCGUCAAGAGUGAUCGGCCCCUCAAAUUCCCCAAUUUGCAAAUAAAGUACGUCCGUGGCUUGGAUCCCACUGUGAAGCUCCUGGAUCGCUCAGGAGCCGUAAAGGAGACACUCUCAAUUACCAAAUGGAAUACAGAUACGGUGCAGGAAUUCUUUGAGACACAUCUGGAAAAUGACGAAAGCACGGGUGACGAUGAGGAGGAUUAUCUCAAGACGAAUCGUGUGUAAAAAAAAUAGCAUAAUAUUGAGAGAGAGAGAGAUAAAUGGAAUUGAAUGGAAAAGACAAAAAAAUUGGAAUUUAUGACUUUCACGUGAGCUCCUCUAUUUAGAUUGUCCGGAUAUGAGGCACAGCACUUCCUGCCCACAUGAGACAAAAGCCCCGAGUUCGUUCGCAGAAAAACCGCACGGUUUUGAUUGUCUUUCCCCUGGGAAACUCAUGCGUGCAUUCCUUUAUCGCAUUGGACUCUGUGGUCAAUGAGGGUGAUGAUAAUUUCUCACUCAAAAUUACAUUAAACAAGUGCACACAGUGGUGGCAAGGAAAAUAGAGCCA